CAUGAUGUGCAAGUGGUAAGCUAUUGUCGACACGGGUGCAUUUUGGUAUAGGCUAGUUUUAUCGACAAACCUCAACCACUGAGCAAAACUGCCAAACACAAAAAACACAAGUUUAAGAUAAACAAAUUUUCCAUCUCAUUUGUUGUGGAUUUAAUCCGUAGUCCAAGAAUCCUAUAGGAUAAUUCCAUGAUUAUUUUUCUUCAUCUUUAUCCUCAUUUUUCACUCAAUCUAUUGAAAUUACGAUCAGUUCGUUUGUGAAUUUCGAAAAUCUGUUUACUUUUGUGUCAUGGUUUGUUGAUAUUUGAUUUUUGGUUGGUGGUGGGUAACGGUGUUGCCGUUAGUUACGCUGGUGACGACAAAUGGCCAUGAUUACAAUUGAACGGAUUGUUCCAGCAGGUAACUCAUCAUCAGCAGCAGUUCCUAAUAACUUAUCGCAUCAAACAAAUAAACAAAAUGACAAUUCCACGAAAGAAGCCACCAUGGGCCAUUCUAACAACGAACAAGCGAACAUAUCCGAUUCGACCACGAUGGUCAGAUCAAAUGAAAUCUACAUAGCCGUUAGGGAUGCAGAUAUCAUUUUUCCACACAAUGAAUGUCAUCGAUAUUCGAGGACAACUGCGGCAGCCACUACAGCUGCCAUUAGUGAAUUAAUACAAAAACAUCUCAAAGCGAUAUUGGAGAUUCUGAGACCAGAGGAUACGAUGAAAAUGGCUGUAAGACUGGAAUCACAAUUGGAUUUAGAUCGUACAAGGUAUCUAUUGGUUGUUGCCAAUGAAUCGGAUCAAAGUUGCUUGUUGGGAAUCGACUAUGAGAAUGAAGCGACCAUCGGCCUGGUUUUACCUAUUUGGAAAGACAUGAGAAUCAUGUUAGAUGGAGACGGUGGAUUCCGUAUCACUACUGGUCAUCGUCAUCACAUAUUUAAACCAGUGUCCGUACAGGCCAUGUGGUCCAUAUUCCAAUCGCUACAUUUGGCAACAAAGAAAUCAAUCAAAAAUAACCACUAUGAAGGGAGUGGCUCUCAUCGAUGGGUCAUUUCCUACCAGAAUAAUAUAAAAUCGAAUUCUCGAUGUCUACAUGAAUGGUAUACGGUGAACGACCAAUGGGAAGGCACGUACAAUAAUGUCAUUGAUCUAACCAGGUCAAGUGAUAACAAGAAAUUCGAAGAAAUAAUCACCGCCAAACUGCGCGAAGUGAUGAUCUCAGUCGAUUUGGAGCAGGUUACUUCCAAAGAAAUUCGCUCCAAGUUGGAAACGCAUCUUGGUCGUGAUCUAAGUGAUUAUAAAUCCUUUAUUGACAAGGAAAUGAUUCGGAUCAUGGGGCAACUCGAAGAGCCAUCAAAAAUACUCGACUAUCUGUACCUUGGUUCCGAAUGGAAUGCUUCUAAUUUUGAAGAACUCAAAGGCAAAGGGGUACAAAAAAUACUAAACGUUACAUCGGAAAUCGACAACUAUUUUCCGGGCUAUUUUGAUUACUACAAUAUCCGAGUCGAAGAUGAUGAAGCAACUGACAUGCUCCGACAUUUGAAUGAUACUUACUAUUACAUUCGAAAAGCAAAAGACGAAGGUGUCAAAGUAUUGGUCCACUGUAAAAAGGGCAUUUCUCGCUCGGCCAGUGUUGUUGUCGCUUACAUUAUGAAGGAAAAAUGCUAUGAUCUUGAUGAAGCACUGCGAUAUGUCCGUACUCAUCGUAGUACGAUCCGUCCAAAUCCUGCCUUCCUUCAACAGUUGAUCAUCUACCAAGGAAUGCUCGCUGCCAGCAAUAAUAAGAAUACUAUGAUGUGGAAAUCAAAUUCCGAUUCUGAACUUCAAAGUUCGUGUGUGAGCAAUUGUGAUGGUCUACAAUCAUCAUCGAGAGGAAAGAAUUUCCUGAUACAAACUCGUGAACGCGACCUGUUUCACCGUAAAGCCGAAACGGAUAAAGAAAAUGUAUUUAGGUUUCAUAGACGAAAGUCUUGGCCACCAAAAUGCAACACCAAAGAUGACCUAAUUUUUCGAUCGCAAUCUAAUAACAGAAGACGUGAGACUUUAAUUCGAUCAGACAAAAAUCAAUGGCCCAAAGACAACUGUAAUACGGCCAAGCAGGAAUUAAGUCGAAUAACUAUGUUUAAGCGAGUAGAAAUUAAAGGUUCACGAGUUAGAGAAAGAAUCGAGGAUUUCGAAAACAAACAGCCAACCAAUUCGGUAGCGGCGGCGGUCUGUGUACCAACUAUCGGAACCAGUAAUAACUUACUUUUCAAAAAGAAUAUUACAGCCAAAAAUGGUCUCGUAUCCAAUUUGGCUUGCCAAUUUGAAUCCAAAGAAUCAACGGCGACCAAUGAAACAUAUGAUUCGAAUGAAUGGAACACCGGUGUGAGUGACCAAGUCAAGUUGGAUGUCUCAUCGGCUCUCGUCUAUUCACGUCUGAUGAAACCACCGAUACCUCCUCCAUCAACCAACAGUAAUGCAACAGCCGCUCAUCCAUCGACCCAUAUUGACGAUCAAAUCGAAUGUCUGCCGGUAUAUUUAUCAUCCUGUGAAUAUCAUGCUCAUCUGACAGCCAUCGGAUCGCAAUACUCGGAUAAAACGAGCAGUGGUGGUUUACUCAAACGAGCCUUAUCGUAUGACCAGAUGAUCAUGUUGGACAACAAUUAUUGCUACAUUCAUUCACCAUUAUUGCCCACGACGACUAAUGUAUCAUCAUCGGAUAGUUCAUUGAAAAAAUGCAAAAAAAGUUUGGCUGUCCGAUCUUCAAUGGACAGCAACAAUAAUGACAACGAUUGUGUUAGAGUAACUGUUAUUCCUGGUCACCAUGACCAAUGGCCACGUAAUGAGAUGACGAUCUGUCAUCAAUUGCUCCAGCCAUUGCAUCGAACAUGCAGUUUGCCCAACAUGGCCGAUGAUGAUCAUUUAAAUGCAGAUAAAGUUGUUUGUAGUCGUUUUAAGAAUCAAUGUAGUAAUUGCAAAACGGUGUUAAUGACUCCUCUAGAUUUGCAAUUCUUACGGCAGAUGACAUCUCAUCAUUGCAACAAUGACAAUGCGACAAAGUGUAGCCAUAUUGAUGGAUUUGUUCGACGACGAACCGAACAACUUGAAACCUAUAGGCAACAUUCAUCAUCGAUUCCAAAUACAGCGGCCAGUGUUUGCCCGGAUGAGAGCAAAUUCACAGACAAUCGACCCUCCGAUCAUCCUCCUAUCUUCAAUAGCCUAUUAAAAUCGUCCAAGUCUUUCAAUCAUUCUUCAUCAUCAACGAAAUCUUCCAUUGAAUCGGCCAUAAUGUCCACGACUUUGGCGUCUGAGAAAAAAUCAAAGAAAACGUAUGGCAAAAGUCAUCCAUUGGAUAACCACUUUUUGCCUUACAAUAGUAAACAAAAUUUCCAUGUUCAAAUUGAUGGUAAUCUCAUUAAAGUUACCAAAGGAUUUGGUGGUGUUAACCACGAAACGAUUCGCAUUUUGAACGAAGAGAAAGCAUACAACAACGCCAAUCAAAAGUACAGUAUAUUCAUCUGCGAAAAGCCGUUGAUCACUUCAUUGAAUUCAAAGCUCAAUUAUGAAAGCUUCGAUGUACGAUCUAAUGAAAUCCAAGUGGUUACUUUCCAAGAUUGUCAACAAUUUCUACAACAAAUAUCGGCAGCUGAUCUGGAUCGACUGAAUGACGAAAUAAAACAAGUGGUCGACACGUACAUUCUUUUGCCAAAUUACCUCGAAGAUGUGGCGGCCAAGUUGAAAAAAAUUAUCGACCAAAACGUUGCAGUGUUCACCGAAGAAUGUCGCAACCAAAAUCAAUCGUUACGAAACAGCAACGAACUGUUGAGCUCGACCAUUGAAAGCUAUUCAAUUGGAUUGCUUUAUGAUCGCCUACUAGACAUGGUUCAAAAGCGAAUGUACAAACAAGAUGAAAUAUUUGUAAGCAAAUGUCGAGCAAUGAACAACCAAACACGAACGAUUAAGCCGACCGAUUUUGGAGCACAGAAAGCGUUCGAAAAUUUUGCUAUAUCGGAAGCAAUUGCAGCCAAAUUCAAUGAACUACAAUGUUCACUUUUGUGCACACCUUUGGCGAAAUUGAAUUGCAUGCGGCAAAUCCUGGAUGCCAUAAAUGAUCAAUUAAAACUAACAGUGGAUCAACACGAAUCGCCAUUUGCUGUGAACGUCCCUCGUGACAAAAUUUACAUCAUGUCUGAUGAUCUUUUAGCUGCUGUCAUAUGCUCUCUGUCCAUUUGUCAGCCCCAAAAAUUUUGUUCCACUAUCGAAUUUAUCCAUUCGUUCAGCUGGUAUUUGCCACAAAAUUCUGAACUUGGAUAUUCAUUCGUUACAUUUAAGGUAGCCAAAGAAUACAUAGUAAACUAUAGCCAUGAACAUACUGGCUCUCAAACCAAUCAAACGACCGAGCAACAUCAGACAAUUACAUCAAAAAGUCGCUUAGAUAAGAAUCUAUCUUCAUUGGAUGAAGAGAUUGAUAAAAUGACAAAAAUUAUGGGCAGAAAUUCUCCUAUGACGACGAUCACUACAAACAGCGAACAAACGCCCGAUGCAUCGAAAAGAGUUGAACAUCACCAAGAGUUAGGCGGUUUCCUUGGCUCACUUGCCGACAACUUUAUGACUGUCUCAGGUCAGAAACAUUAGCAUUGAUCAAAGCAAUAAAGACAUAUGUUGACAGAA